UUUUAAAGAACUUGUCAACCUGGACUCCAAACAAGGAAAAAAAAAGAAAGAAGAAAGAAAAUGGAGGGUAGUGACGAAUUGGCUGAAAUUGGUCUGAAAAAGCUUUUCGUCACCUGUAAGAGUCAGUUGCACGGAGACCUGAGUAAGCAGAGAGAGGUUGAACUAACAUGGAAAGCUAUUGAAAAUGCCCUUCAAGGUCUUCUGCAACAAGUUAGCAGUUGUUGUAAAGAGAAUGAAAAACAAACAAAGAUACUGCAAAAACAAUUGAAGGAAGUAGAAGGCCAUUUGAGUGUGUCGUCAGAAGAGAAGCGGUCUUCAGAUGAAAGGGAAAAGUUGUUCCAAAAGUACAAUAAGCUAUUAACCUAUUCCAAAAUCAAUGCCAAGAAAACGUCGGAGCAAUUGGUGACGUUUGGAUCCAUCCGCAACGCUGUCGUGUCAAUGGACGUAAAGACUUCCGAUGGAAAAAAGCUGGCCAUUCCCUUGUUUGAUGCGGCACUUCUUAAUUUUCCCUCUGAAGGGCCAAGCGAACAGGAUACAAAACUUUUAACGUCUUUGUCAUUUUUGAUUCUUUCGGCCACGAAGAAGGAGCACUGGAAUAUGUCUAUGGCUGUUACUCCAUCCGAACCGGACAAGACGCCCAAGAACCAAACAAAGGCAGAAGUCGCUUCAAAAGAAGAUAAUCAAGAUAAAAAUUUUGGGAAAAACAAGAACGAAAAAGCUAAAAUCGGAGAGAGCAUGGGCAAAACUUCAGGGGAAUCGAAACCAAAAUUUGCGGGUGGAAAAGAAUCCGAAUUAAAGACACCCACAGAACAAACCAUUAAGGGUGGUAAAGGAGCCCGCCCGAAAGCUCCUAACGAGAAGCAAACGUGGAAAACAGACAAGGCUGCACCAGUUUUCGGUUCUAACAAACCGACUGAUCAAAGGAAACCGCAUGUAAAUCAUCCAAGUAAAACAGGAAAUUUUAUCCCCCUAUUAGCCCCACCACAGCAAAACGCGUUUUAUGCAACCGUGCCACCACCAAACUUGCCACCUACUGUUUUUAACACUCCACCAGAGAGGCCGUUCAAACAGUUGCAUAACAAAAAGGCAUUUUUGGCUAUAGCAGUAAAUGGGAAACAGUACGGAAAGGUCAUCUUUGAAAUUCGACCAGACGUGGCACCUGUUAUGUGCGAAAAAUUCAUUCAAUGCUGUUCAUCUACGGAAGGGCUAUCGUACCAAGGAACCGUAAUCUAUCACGUAAAACCGAAAACAUUAAUAAUGGGCAGAAAAAGUCGGGGGCAGGACUCGUUGUACAUGGCGGAUGAGUCUCCAUUGAAAAAGACGCGAGGCGCUAUAUCUUUCCAACUGAAACGUGACUACUCCUUGGUUAAAUGCUGCAUCGUAUCGACCGAUUUCACUAUUCACCUUGACGAUGAAAAAGUUAACCAUAGAACUUCAACCGUCUUUGGUUACGUCUGCGAUGGUUUGGCUGUCUGUGAUGCCAUUAGCCACAUGGAUUAUGAAAAAGAUCAUAUUGUCGUAUGCGCAGCGGGGCUGGAGUGAGGGCUAGGGAUUUUAUUUGGUAGCCCUUACCAAUUCCUUUGACG